CACUCUCUUCCCUAAAGAAGACUAAAGCCCCUUCAUUCCUUCUAAAGUCAGUAGUGUCCGUCUCUUGCGUUUGUAAUAGGAAAACUCGUCACUCCUCUGUCUCAGCUCUCCUCAGAAAUCCCCAAUCCGAACCCACGUUACGCCAACAAAACGCCUUCCUCUCCGCCCAACAAACACCACACUGCUGCGAACCAGACAACUGGCAUCGGCCGCCCGCCCGCCCAGCUCUCAAAGCUUCAACAAUGGCUCUCAAGCUCAACCCAGUCACCUUCCCUUCCACCCGCUCCCUCAACAUCACCUUCUCUCCCUCCCGCCAUCCCAGAUCUCCUCGCACCCUUCUCGUGGCCUCCACUUCCACCAAGGAGGCUCAGAAACUAAAGAAGUCGCAUGGACCUCCCAAAGAGGUGCAUGUCCAAGUCACGCAUUCCAUGCCCCCUCAAAAGCUGGAGAUCUUCAAGUCCUUGGAAGGUUGGGCUGAGGACAAUCUCUUGCUGCAUCUAAAGCCCGUUGAGAAAUGUUGGCAGCCACAAGAUUUCCUACCAGAACCCGAGUCGGAUGGAUUUUAUGACCAAGUUAAGGAAUUAAGGGAAAGAGCCAAGGAACUCCCUGAUGACUAUUUUGUUGUGCUGGUUGGAGAUAUGAUCACUGAAGAAGCCCUACCAACUUACCAGACAAUGCUUAACACCCUUGAUGGCGUUAGGGAUGAAACUGGGGCCAGCCUUACAUCAUGGGCGAUCUGGACUCGCGCAUGGACUGCUGAGGAGAACCGGCACGGUGAUCUCCUCAACAAGUAUCUCUACCUUUCUGGAAGAGUGGACAUGAAGCAGAUUGAGAAGACAAUUCAGUAUCUGAUUGGAUCUGGAAUGGAUCCAAAAACAGAAAACAAUCCCUACCUCGGUUUCAUAUACACUUCAUUCCAAGAGAGGGCAACGUUUAUCUCACAUGGGAAUACGGCAAGACUAGCCAAGGAACAUGGAGACAUGAAGCUGGCACAGAUAUGUGGAAUUAUCGCAGCAGAUGAGAAACGCCAUGAAACUGCUUACACCAAGAUUGUGGAGAAGCUGUUUGAGAUUGAUCCGGAUGGCACAGUGUUGGCACUGGCAGACAUGAUGAGAAAAAAGAUAUCUAUGCCUGCCCACUUGAUGUUUGAUGGCCAGGAUGACAAUCUUUUUGAGAAUUACUCCUCUGUGGCACAGCGUAUUGGGGUGUACACGGCGAAGGACUAUGCAGAUAUCCUCGAGUUCCUGGUUGGGAGGUGGAAAGUGGAGACGUUGACAGGUCUUUCUGCGGAAGGAAACAGGGCCCAGGAGUUUGUUUGUGGGCUUCCAGCAAGGAUUCGAAGGCUGGAAGAGAGAGCUGCUGGGAGGGCGAAACAACCAUCCUCCCCUGUUCCUUUCAGCUGGAUUUUCGGCAGAGAACUUGUGCUGUAAGCGAAAGAGACUGAGAAAUGGAAUGAAAUGAAUGUAGUGUGAAGCACGCCAGGUGAUGGAUGCCUAGUACUGCUGCAGUCGUUUGAUAGGAAAGAAGAAAUGAUCCAGCUUUAAUGCCUUACCUGUUUUUGUUUCCUUUUCCUCUCAAGUUUCUUCCCUUUUCCCUCUUAAUCUGCUAUAAGUUCCAUUUCAAUGUAUCUUUGCUCGUCUGACUGUUCUGUAGAUGCUGCUCUCCUAUCAAACCUAUGCUUGCUCUUCAGAUCUGAUGGUGGAAGAUCAAGUCAGUUUGACGUAUGCAGCCAUAGUUUUUGUUUGUUCUUUCAUGUGUUGUCUUUAUGAUGUCUUCUGUUUUCACCUCUUUAGAUACUAAAAAGGGGAAUGUAUGGUACCUGGUUUUCUUCCGUUCUCUGUUCCUCAUUGAAAGUAAGAAGGAAUAAGUUUCCAGUGUAGCUGUUGUUCCUUCCCCUUUGCUGUGACGGUCUCACGAAUUUGGUACCUGAUUUUUAUCCGAGUCCCUAUGUGUAAUAUGCUUGACCUGUUUAGCCACUAAUGACUAAACCCGUUCUGAUGGAAGACGCACCACUUGCCCGUCUCCGAAUUUUUGUUUCCUUGUGUCUUUCAGGGUUCGCGUGCCGGAA